GUGUUGCCAAUAACAAGAUUGGACAUUUCCAAGGGCUUUGUUUAGUGACGUCAUUGUAUCGAGGCAACAUGUCGCUUCGACGGAGGUUCCUGUAACAAAUUAUUGUUCAACAAGUCAGCAAUCAGCAAUACUGAAUUUAGCAACAAGAAUGCUUUUGAUGUUUGCUGUUCUCUGCUUGGCACUUCUGCUGAAUCCAGGAGCAGAAGCCAACCUGUUUGAUCGGCUUGCAGCAACAGGCAGACGGACGACUUUGGACGAACCCUGGCAUGGGAGAUGGUUCCCUGAGAAAGUACCAGACAGCCCACAGAACAAAUACUCCAAAGUGAUGGAGGAACGUUUACAGGAUAUGAGCACACUUGACCCAGAAUGCGACGAUGGAAAAACCAACAUAACAUUAGAUUGGCCUACUUCCUAUUCGGACUAUAUAUGCAUGAGGAAUGAGUACCUGGUUCCAGACCGAAGCGCUUAUGUUAUCAUCAGGACUGCCAGAAUCCCACAAAUGUACAUGGCCAGACACGCUUGUAUGAACAGAACGCUGGAAUACAACACAUCACCUCCUCUAUUCGGACCACACCGUAAAGUCUGGGCGAGAUGGGGUGAAUACAAAUACCUCCCGCCACAAAGAUGGGUCCACAAUUUAGAGCAUGGAGGCGUAGUUAUGCUUUACCACCCAUGUGCCCAGCCAUUCCUCGUCAACAUACUAAAGACAGUCGUGAGCUCUUGCCUGAUGAGGCACAUCAUCACACCUUAUAACGACCUUCCUUUAGAAACACCUUUUGCAGUGCUGACAUGGGGCAAGGCCUACCUGACACCAGACAUCGAUAUCAGGAGCAUCGUACAUUUCAUCAGGGCCAACGCUCUCAAAGGGCCUGAAAAUGUCAGUACAAACGGCCUAUAUGACUAUAAACUGAUCAAGCCAGCUGAAAUUGUGUCAAGCCCCGAUGACGCCCUACUUUGUCCUAUCAUACCGACCAUUUAAAAAAAUGACAAAAACUUUUAUUGACCAUUAAUACCAUGAAAAUUAUUUUGAAAACUAAAAAUCUGUAACAUCAAUGAUGGAAAUCACACUUUUAUUUGAAUGUUACUUGAUAUUUUUUUAUUUAUAAACUAGUCAACUUUUUUGUGAACAUAAUUUAUAAACGAACAAUCCUAAGUUUUUUAAUAUAUAUUUAAAUUUUGUUUUAUGAAUUUUAUCUGUAAAUAAACAUACUUUAUUGGCAA